AUCAACCUUGAAAUCAGCUGUUUCAUCAAUACGAUAAAAUUUUUAUUUAUAAAGGCGAUAUUUACAAUCUAUAUCAAUUAUUUAACUGAAAAUGUCCAAUACUAACCAAUCACCAGGGCGUGAGGCACUUGAAAAUAUGAAAACUGUACAUAAAGAUCUGUUGGAGUUCAAAAAACCUCAGGCACCUGUGAGGAAAAAACGUAAACAAAUAAUUUUGGACGAAGACAGCUACGUUGAGGAAAUUGGUAAAAUUAUCCAAAGAGACUUCUUUCCCUCGUUAGAGAAAAUGAAAGCACAAAACGAUUAUUUAGAUGCAGUAGAAAAAAAUGAUAUAUCAAAACUAAGAGAACUAUAUACAAAGUACAGUGGGAAGAAACCUCCUCCGAUAAGAGUUCCAAGUCCUGCAACGUUUGAAACACCGGCAAAUAUCCACAACACUCCCCAAGUUCCGAACCUUGACGAACCAUCAACUCCAAUCAAUAAAAAUUCAACGAAUGGUCCCAAAUUGAGCCUCGAUCAGUUCUUAAACUCGCAUGAUUCAGAAGAUAAUGACAGUUUUGUUGAUAUACUUGAAGAAAGCGAGAGAAAACACAGAGAAAAAUAUGCUUAUCUUUACGGUGUUGAGGGUCAAAACGAGGAAAAACAAAAGAAAAUGUUAGCCCUACCUUCAAUAGAGCAACAGGCGAUGUUGCCUGAGAAAGAAUUCAAUGUGGAUACUUGGGGAUACAAAAACAAGAAUUAUAUUAUGUAUGUACCGGAUGGAGUUGCCCUAACUGAAGAAAAAGAGAAGGAAAUCAACGAGAAUAGACUUCAGAUCAAUUAUACCAAUACAAGGUUUGUUGAGAAUCCUUUUAACGAAAACCAGAACAAGGAAACCUUAUCUGAAAUAGCAAAAACACAAGCCAAAACAUUAGAUGGAAAGAUUGGAGUAGAUGGUAAAGAGUUGAAUAAAGAGACCCCAAAAGUAGCUGGAUACAGCUUUAUUAAGGAUCCUUCUCCAUGUCCAGAUGCUAUGGCAAGUCCUCUAAUGACCUGGGGUAUGAUAGAAGGUACCCCCUUCAGACUAGAUGGGAGUGAUACUCCACUUCCAAGGACUUCUGGACCUUCAUUCAAAAUGACAGAACCAGCAAGAAGAGAACAGAUAGCCUUAGAAUUAGCAGAAAAAGCUGCUGGUAAAGAUAAGAAUCGAAAAAAGAAGGCAAUGGAUGCAGCCAAAAGGAUUGCUAGUCCUUCCCCAAGGUUUAGUUCAUCUUUGGAUGUGUUAGCCUCUAUGUCUCCAGCAGCAAGACGAUUAGCAACUUCUGGCUUGAAAAUAGGGUUGAGGACUCCCGAUAGAACUCCACAAACAGGUUCUGCAACACCUGGAUUUAGGACUAAAACACCCAAGACGCCAAAACGAAUUGUUACUCCAAAAAUCAAACCGCCUUUAAGCAACAGUGCAGAGAAGAAGGAGAAUUUGACUGAUGAUCUGUUGAAAAUACAAGUUCCGAAAAGAUUGACUGCAGCAGAUUUUUUUUAAUAAAUGUUAUAUCAAAA